UUUCCCAGGCUGCACCGGGCGCGGCUCUGGCAGUUCGGCCACGUCCGCGGGCCACGUCGUCCGCUCCCCUCGCCAUUUUCGCCGCCGCCGUCGCCUCCCCGCUCCGCUCGCCGCCAUGAACAUCUUCCGGCUGACGGGGGACCUGUCCCACCUGGCGGCCAUCAUCAUCCUUCUCCUCAAGAUCUGGAAGACCCGCUCCUGCGCCGGUAUCUCUGGAAAAAGUCAGCUUCUCUUUGCACUGGUCUUCACUACUCGUUAUUUGGAUCUCUUCACUUCAUUCAUUUCAUUAUAUAAUACAUCUAUGAAGCUUAUUUACAUUGCUUGCUCCUAUGCCACCGUGUAUCUGAUCUACAUGAAAUUUAAAGCUACCUAUGAUGGAAAUCAUGACACAUUCCGAGUGGAGUUUCUGGUGGUUCCUGUUGGGGGUUUGUCGUUUCUUGUCAAUCAUGACUUCUCUCCACUUGAGAUUUUGUGGACAUUCUCCAUCUACCUUGAAUCAGUUGCCAUACUUCCACAGCUCUUCAUGAUCAGUAAAACUGGAGAAGCAGAGACCAUCACUACUCAUUACCUUUUCUUUCUUGGUCUGUACCGUGCCUUGUAUCUAAUUAACUGGAUUUGGCGCUACUAUUUUGAGGGCUUCUUUGACCUCAUAGCUGUUGUUGCCGGUGUGGUCCAGACCAUUCUAUACUGCGACUUUUUCUAUUUGUACGUUACUAAAGUGCUCAAGGGAAAGAAGCUCAGUUUGCCAGCAUAAGUGCCAAAGACCAUCACCAGCAUCUGUCCUCAGGUUGCCUGGACAGAAGAAUUCUAAUUACAAACAAAGGCAUAAGAUGCUUGAGACAGAAAGUCAGACCGUAACUCAACUUUUUUAUUGCAGAAAGUCAUCAGCGGCUCUGAAAGAGCACAGAGGAGAGUAACCAGCGGAUUUCUGUUUUAUGCAUCUUGCCUUCUUUUUUUUAUUACUAUGUACAAAGAUUUUUUUACAUAAAGAAACUUAAUGCUGUAUUAGUAAAUUCAGUGUGUAGUUUCAAUUGGAAUAGUUCCAAAAGUGAGGGUUUUGUGAGGUUGUUUACAACCAGAAAUAAGUGCAAACCUUUUUUUUAAUUUUCAAGUUUUCUUUGAAUUGCUGACUCAGUGUCUACAAUGAAAUUGAACUACCUGACAGUUUGUAGUUCACUUAUUUGUUCCUGCAAGUUGCAUUCCACUAUAUUUAUUAUUUUUUUUCCAAAAGAUGAAUCAUCUUAGUUCACUGCAAUCUAAGACACCGACAUUUGAUGUGAAGUGUUCUGUUAAGUAUGUUUUUUUUCUCAUGAGAAGAAGGGUGCUCCCUCUAAAAUCAUAGCAGUACUGUUCAAAACUGGUAAAGAUUACUCAGAAGCCUUUUUUCAAGGCUGUUUUUCUUUCCAUUCCCCCACCCCCCCCAAAAAAAGUAAAGUUGGGAGUGAGCAUCAGAGGCUAGUCCUAGAACCAUCCAGGUUUUGUGUCGUGUCCCCUCUCUCUCAGGUGGGUUAAUUUUGAAAAGCAGUUUUGCUGAAAGAAUUUGGGAUUGUAGCUUUGAAUGGCAGGGCUUCCUAAUUGGGUGGGUUUUGUGAAAGAGUAUAGGUGUUUAUUGUUGCAUUGACAUGAGGGGGGUGGAGUUGGGGGGAGAGGAGUUAAUUAUCUUGGAUGUUGAUCCCUACCGAAUCCUAAAUUUUAUUGUUGCACCUGUUAAAAGGAAUAGUCCUUGGUAAAUGUUAAUUGCUGUAAUCUACAGGUGAUCAAUUUUAAUCAAAAUCCUGGUUUUUAAAAACAUACUUUACAAGUCCAUGUUCAAAUUCAAAAAGGUUUUGAUGUCACUUUUGGGCAAUUAGUAUUAUUUACAACUGUGUUUUAAGAUCAGCAGCACCAAUUACUUUAUAUUCUUUAAAUGAUUCUUUUUUUUUACUGAGCUGUUGCAUGAUUUAUCGUGUUACCAUCCUAAAUAAACAUUUUAUGAAACAUAGUACAAAUUGUCUUUGUUUAUGAAUUGGGUAGUAGAGCAUUCUGUCCAGGUGAAUUUUUUUAGGAGCAGCACAAGCACAAUUACAGGGCAAACAAUUCAAGUCUAUUUUGUGGCAAUGUUGGUUUUUGUGUUUUGUGAAAAUGCUGAAUAGAUUUUAAUCCACUUUACUGUUAUGUAUCUCCACUGCUACAUUUAUGACGUAUACAUAAAUAGGUGGAUUUUGUAUGUGAAAUUAUUAGUGUAACUACUAACACUACUUCUAGGAGGAAAUAAUCUGGUACUGUACUAAAUUGGAAAAAGAGUUUUUUGGGGUUGUUUUUUUUUUGUCACCUCUGAGCACAUGUAACUGCUUGGCUGUGAAAUACAUGAAUCCUUUGAGCCUCUCCUCAACUAAAUUCAUUUUCUCCCUCUAAUUCACAUUUCUCAACUUUUUUUAUUCCGUUAUCCCAAUUUUCCUCCUUAAAUCUUUGAUGAGACUUGUUCUCCAUCUUUCCAGGAGAGUUUCUCAGAGGCAUAAAAAAUAUUUAAUAGACACUGUAGUGUACUGCUAAUGGUGGAGGCAUGGGGCAUUGAAUCUAAGUGGAUUCAUUAGGUUAAGAAUACAGUGUAAAGAGAGAGCUUUAAAACAUUGAUGUCCAAGCCAAUUUAAUUACAUAUUCUUGCGUAUCAGCCAUUUGGGUCAGGUUAUGAUAGUAAAAAUUGACCAAAGCGGAAAUGAACAUCUUUAAUAACAUUUUCUGAAUUUGGGAGGAAACAUUCUCAUUCAUCUUGAAAAUAAAUUGCAUCACCUUCCGUGAUGACAUUGUUUUUAAGCCUGUAUUAAGUAGAUACCUUGUCUUCUGAAUAAAGUUUACAAAACUUUU